AUGCAGACCAUCUGUUCAACCUGCGAAACAGAUGAGUCUCUACGAGACUACCUAAGACGGUUUAAGGCUGAAAAGGCUAACAUCAUAGGAUGCAAUGACCAAGUUGCAUCCUCAGCUUUCAAGAAGGGCUUGCCAACCGAGUACGAGUUAUACCGGGAGCUGGCCAUAACACCAAGUCAAACCUUGGCAGAAGUGUUCGCGACGGCAGAACGCUACGCACUUUGGGACGAUGAUCGAAUCGCCGCAAAGAAAGCUAGCAAGCACGUUGAUCACCCGACGAAGCAGGCAAGCCAAAAGAGCAACCAGUUCGAGCAAAGAGCCCGAGAUAAGCACAGAUCGCGGCCCCGAGAGGGAAGCUCAGAAAUAGGGACCUUCACUGAGUUCGCUAUCCCAAUUCAUCAGAUCCUGGCUCAAGUGAAGGACAAGCCGUGGGUGAGGAGACCGCCACCCAUGAAGGGAGACCCCUCUAAGAGGGACACCAGUAAAUACUGUGCAUUCCACGGAGAGCACGGACAUUACACCAACAACUGCAAUGCUUGGAAAAGGCAUCUUGAGGAGCUGGUCAGAGAAGGUCAUUGCACAGAAUUCGUCGCAAAGAAGGCCAUCCAACAGAUCGAGGAUCGUGAUGCGGCUGCCAAGGAACCUCCCAAAAAGGUCAUUCGAAUCAACACCAUUCUAGCUGACUCCCGGGAGUCCGGGCUGACCACCAAGGAGCGUAAGAGGAAGAUCGCGCAGGCGACUUAUGUCUCCCAAGUCACAACAGGAAUUGAACAAGCUGAGAUCGAGCGAAUUCAUGUGGAUGAGGGCAGCGCAGCUAACAUCCUGCAACUAUCUGUCAUCCAACAGAUGGGAUUGGAGCCCAAGAUUAGCAAACUUGCCAGGUCGCUUACCGGCUUCAAUGGGGCCACAUCAAUCACUGUUGGAACGAUCGACCUUGACGUCCACGCACCCCCAGUGCUCUGCUCGCAAACCUUCAUGGUCAUCAACGAGAUCUCCCCCUACAAUGGAAUCUUGGGCCGACCGUGGAUCAGCAAGAUCGAGGCCAUCACAUCUGCUCUACACCAGAAGAUUCGAUAUCCCAUCCCUGGAGGCGGAAUCGGGCAGAUCAAUAGUGACCAAGCAAUGGCAAGAAGAUGCACAGCUCAAGGGCUCAAGAAGAGCAAGCAGUUGCAGUUCACACCAGUAAUGCAAGCUGCCAACGAGGCACGAAGCGCUCCCAGCAAACAAGUAAGCUCGAACGAGAAGGGAGCUGCUACCCCACAAUAG